CUGGCAUUUACUCAUAUUUUGUAGUAGACCCUUUAAAUUGAUUUGGACUCUCUCAUUCCUUAUUACUUACCGGAAAAGAUUUUUUUUUCCCUCUUAGUCGGAUAACAGAGAGUUAAACAACAUAUUUUCUUCUUAGCUCAAAAACCAAUCACUUCUUAAAGAUGACAAUCCAACUCUUACUUUUUUGACCUGUUAAUUGAUUCGUUGAGGGUAAGUGUUAAACAGUAAACUUCUGUGAUGUCUGCUUUCAGGAAUGCUUUAACUUAAGUUAAAACUGCAAUUUAUGCCAAGUUAUAGGCCACAGAUUUAUACAUUGGAGACUUCUUGAGUAUUGAACUUUGUACAGCUGUUGUCAUUAAUUUAGGUUAUGUGAUAUAAUUAUUAAUAUUGCCGUAGAAAUAAAAAUGAUAAAUCAAAGGUUUUCGAAAGAUAACGAAAUAUAAAAUAUAAUUGAUUUUAUUGGAGUUUCAUUUUGUUUGAGAUAUCUGAAAAGGAUGGAGUCGUUUAUUAGGCUUUAUUCUGAAAUGAACAUUUAUGAUUAAGCAUGGACUCUGAAGGCAGUAGUAACCAGUCUGAUAAAGCAUCCAACCGAAGUCAUAAGUCUUCUAAGUGCUGGUUUUCACGUUGUUUUUCUCAAGCUUCUUUCAGCGAUUCCGAUCUUGAUUCUGACAGUGAGUACGUCAUCGUAAAUCAUUCUGUUUUUAAAGUACCUAGAAAUUUACAAGAAGCGUCGGAUGAGCCAAAUUCAAGAUCAUUAAUGGGAACAGAUGAAGCUAGAACAGUAAUCGUCCAGAGGGGUAAUGAAAAGAAGGUUAGCUCUGCAUACAGUAGGAAAUAUGGCAGAAAAGGUUCAUCAAAAGGUGGUAUCUCAGACAGAAAAACGUCAACUGUGGAAUCUAGAAGACAUGAAUCAAAUCCACAGAGAGCUAGUCUUGAUGAAAAAAUUUAUCAGUAUAUUAAGAUGAAAACCUACGAAAAAAUGAAUCCUUAUGAAAUGAGUCCAAAUGAUUUUCUUAAUAACAUCUCUUCAGUUUUUGUAGAUAACAUUAAAGAUCCUAUACCUAAAGAUCCUUUGAAUCGUCCAAGAAUUUUUAAUAGAUACGGUAGAAGAAGAAGAAAAACGGAUACUCAAAUUAUUUACGAAAAGGCCAAGGAAAGGGAAAGAGAACAAAUGGCUGCUGAUCGUCAUAGGUACGGCCAUAAAUCUUCUGAUGUUCAUACCUUGAGAAGAGCUUCCAUUAAUCCAACUACCAUAAGUGAUAUAAAUAAAAAUUAUACUGAUGAAUCUUUAAAUUACAAAGCGGCUAUUGAAAAUGAAGAAAAGGAUAAAGAAUAUGAUGAAAAAGUUCUUAUUUGGAAAAUUGUAGUAGCCAAUGAUGAAGAUGAAGUCAAAGAGUGAUGGGGGAAAAAAAAUCGAAAAAUUGAUUAUUUCUGAGCUCUUUUAAUUAUUUUUUGGUUUACUUAAUCUUUUAUUUUUUUCAGAAAGACAAAUGAAUUAUGCUUUUAAAAUACUCACAUCAUGGAAACUGAUGGACUAUAAACAAAUAACUAAACCAAACCAAAAAUAUACUAAAUAAGUGAAGGGACGUAAUGAUAAUCAUACUAUUUCGUUGGUUGUGACGAAGCAAAAAGGAAAGUUAUGUGCAAGCAUUGUCAGCUUGUAUGUAUAGAUUUUUUGACCGAUUUUCAAUUUCAAUGGCUAAAAUUAUUUGGUGAGAUCUUAAAUUUAUUGAAAUAAUUUAGACUUAAAACACGGGCUAAUUAUUAUAUGAAAUGUGUUAAGUCGAUUUGCUAAAAGGUGUGUAACGAUUUUGUUUAGAGAAAGGGUGGAC